AUGGCGCUCUCCCUCCGAUCCCCCACCUGGGUCCCCGCACACACAGCGGCUGCUGCAAUCCAACGAUCCACCGCGAGCGUGUCUCGCGUUGCGCUUGUCGAUGGUGCAAGGUCAAGGCCAUGGCACGGUCCUGUUGCGCUGGACACGUCACCUGGGUUGUCGCGAGACGGCAAUGCCGCUGUGCAGGCACGAUCCGUGAGGGCCAAGGCGCGUCGCGUGGAGGGAAACCCCAAAGGCGACGGAGAGGGCCUUGACGAAGACGUGCGCGUAGGGCUAAACGAGGUGUCGAACGAGGCGGUGCGCGCGAUGCUAUCGGAGGACAUCCAGGCGGUGAGCGCGAUGAAGCGCAAGGUGGACGAGGCGGGCGAGUAUCUAGUGGCGGAGGGGCACAUGGACGCCGCGCGCUUCAUGCUCAUCAUCAAGGGCAUGCUCGAGCACCAGCUGUUGCCGGAGGUGGAGGAGUUGGAGGGGCCCUUCCGUGCAGCGUACGACAAGAUGGCCUCCGUCCUUGACAACUCCGGCUGGAUGCUGGCACCUCCCGGGCUGGAGGGUGGCCCCGACAUGGUGGACGAUGAUCUGCUGCCUCCAGUGCUCCGCUCGCCAUAUUAG